AUGUCGUCCACCCAGCCAAAUGCGACGCUCUACGUGCACAAUCUCAACGACAAGGUGAACAAGGAGGAGCUGCGCAUCCAGCUCUACGCGCUCUUCACGACCUAUGGCCGCGUCGUCGACAUCGUCGCGAUGAAGGGCCCCAAAAUGCGCGGGCAGGCAUUCCUCGUCUUUGCGGACCUGGCGGGCGCAACAGCGGCCAUGCGGGCCUGCGAAGGUAUCGUCUUCUAUGAUAAGCCGAUGCGUAUCGAGUAUGCGAAGACCAAGUCAUAUGCGACGCUGCAGCGCGAAGACCCGAACUUCGUCCCACCAUCUCCCGCGAGCACACGGCCGGUGAACGGAUCAGAGAAAAGACCGAGGGACGAGAAGAUCGAGGUCGACGGGCGGCAAGCUAAAAGGGAGAGACCCGACGACGAUGACGACGAUGAGGAGAUGGAAAUUGAGGACGACGACGAGGGGACAAAGCAGGGCUCGGCCAGCACGAAUGCGCCAGGUGCUAUGCCGCAAACGGUACAGUAUCAGUCUGCGAGACUGCUAUGUACAAACCUACCACAGGAGGUCUCAGAUGACGUGCUCUCGGUUCUCUUUCAACAAUAUCAGGGAUUCCAGUCUACGCACGUUGCGCCAUCACCAACACCAAACGCAGCUGGGCAGAAAGUAAAAAUGGCACAAGUCCUGUUCGACUCACCCGAGUUAGCGUCCGUCGCAAAAGAGGCCCUGGAUGGGUUCACGCUGAAGAAGGGUUGGGUUAUGACUGUUGCGUAUAUCUGA